AACCGGGAGCGAACGCCCGAAAGGGUGGUGCAUGCCAAGGGCGCCGCCGCCUUUGGCUACUUUGAGGUCACUAGCACGGAGAUCACCAAGUACACGAAAAUGUCGCUCUUCAGCAAGGUGGGAAAGCGAACGCCCACGGUGGCUCGCUUUUCGACGGUGGUCAGAGAGCGAGGAUCGGGGGAUACGGUGAGAGAUGUGCGCGGCUUUGCCGUUCGCUUCUACACUGAGGAUGGAAAUUGGGAUCUGGUUGGCAACAACACGCCGGUCUUCUUCGUGCGCGACCCCUUCUUCUUCAUGCGCUUCAUCCACACGCAGAAGCGCAAUCCGCAGACGAACCUCAUCGACUACAACGCCCGCUGGGACUUCUUCACCCUCCGCCCUGAGUCGAUGUACCAGGUGGCGUGGAUGUUCAGCGACCGCGGCGUCCCUGACGGCUUCCGCCACAUGGACGGCUGGGGCUCGCACACCUACAAGCUGAUCAACGCCGACGGGCAGCCGGUGUACAACAAGUUCCGCUGGCGCACCGGCCAGGGCGUGAAGAACCUCGACGCGGCGACGGCCAACGCCCUCCUCGCCUCCGACCCGGACUUUGGCGUGCACGACCUCUACGACGCCAUCGAGCGCAAGGACUACCCCUACUGGACGCUGUACGUGCAGAUCAUGACCUUCGAGCAGGCGCAGAACUGGGAGUUUAAUCCCUUUGAUCUGACCAAGGUAUGGCCCGAAGACCAGUACCCGCCCUUCGAGGUCGGCCGCCUAGUGCUAAACCGCAAUCCGGACAACUACUUUGCCCAGGUAGAGCAGCUCGCUUUCAGCCCAGCCAACCGCGUGCCCGGUCUCGAGUUCUCCCCGGACAAGGUCCUCCAGGCGCGCCUCUUCGCCUACUCCGACACCGCCCGCCACCGCAUCGGCCCCAACUUUCACCUGGUCCCCGUCAACCAACCGCUGGUGCCCGUCCUGGCGCCGACCUUCCGCGACG